CAACGCAGUUCGAAGAUGGCGGCUCGCGUCGGGAGGCCUGAGCACCAGGCUCCGCCUGAAGUGUUUUACAGUGAAAAUGAAGCAAGGAAAUACACGCAAAACUCACGUAUGAUUGAAAUCCAGACGCAGAUGUCCGAAAGAGCUGUUGAGCUACUCAAUUUACCUGAAGAUCAACCAUGCUUCCUAUUAGAUGUUGGGUGUGGGUCAGGACUCAGUGGUGAUUACCUCUCUGAAGAAGGACAUCACUGGGUUGGUGUAGACAUCAGUCCAGCCAUGCUUGAUGUUGCAUUGGAAAGAGAGGUAGAAGGCGAUCUGAUUCUGGGUGACGUGGGUGCUGGCAUUCCAUUCCGGCCUGGCACGUUUGAUGGCUGCAUCAGUAUUUCUGCCCUGCAGUGGCUUUGUAAUGCCGAUAAGAAGAGUCACAGCCCCCCAAAGCGACUGUACAAAUUCUUCAGCUCCCUGUAUGCCAGUCUGGUACGAGGAGCUCGAGCUGUGUUUCAGCUCUAUCCUGAAAACUCCGAGCAGCUGGAGUUGAUCACAGCGCAGGCCAUGAAGGCUGGUUUCACAGGUGGCAUGGUGGUAGAUUACCCCAACAGCAGCAAGGCAAAAAAAUUCUUCUUGUGUUUAUUCGCGGGAGUCUCUGGAAAGCUGCCAAUGGGCCUUGGAGCAGAGCAGGGGGACGAGACAGUAAGCCAGGUUCAGUUCACUAAUGCCAGGUUAAGGUUUAAAAACCUGAAGGGGAAACCUGUGAAAAGAAGCAGAGACUGGAUUCUGGAGAAGAAAGAGCGUCGAAGGCGUCAGGGCAGGACAGUUCGAAAUGACACAAAAUAUACGGGCAGAAAGAGGAAAACCCGUUUUUAGGGUGGGAACGGCAGGGAUGUUUUGUUCUCAGCUCUGGGAAUUUCAUUUGGUCGAUUUUGUGGUGCCUCUUGAUCCUGACAUACUCGACUGUUGAAUUUGCAACUACAGAUUGACCGUCUUUGAAUGAUCACCACACCAAACCAUUACCAGCGUGGAGCUUUCUGGUUCCAACAGUCUUCACAGGUUUGGUGAACAGUAGAAAUUGAGACUCAGAAGGAAGCAAUCCUGUUCAAUCUCAACUUCCUUCUCAAGUUUUCAGAAUUCUGAGUAUCCCACAUUGUCUUAUCUUUGACAGCUGUGUUACCUGCAUUUCAUCACAUUGUUUCAUGAAUGGAUCAUUACCUAAUACUGGAAAAAGGGUCAGUCCCCUUUGAAUCCAGUUGCUCUUAAAGAGACUGACUCUGUUGGGUAGUUGAUUAAAACCUUCUGCUGCUUGAGUUAAUGACAGCAGAUGAGCUGUCAUUGUUUGAAAAGGAUAUUUAUACAGUGACUGCAACGAAAAGUUGAAUGUCUAACUGCCUGGUUGAACAACUUUCUCUGGUGAUUGUGUGAAUUAUCUACUGAUAAAAAUUUUGACUUUUUCUGUGUGCCUGUAAAAUAUAGCCCAAGAUGAGCCAGAUUUUCCUCCAUCCUGGUCAUGUCUUCCUGUUCAUUAGCUCAAGUGUCCAUUACUGAUAAAGCUGCGGAGUGCAGUGUGUAUUAUGAAAUGUAUAGUAACAGGUGAUAUGAACUAAGGCAAUUUCCAGGAUUUGUGAAACCAUGUUAAAGAACGUAAGAAACAGGAGUUGGUCAUUUAGUGUUCCAAAUGGGCUCUGCCAUUCGAUGAGAUUGUAGUUAACCCACCCCAACUCCUCCUUCGAUAUUCCCAUUCCCGAUUCCUUUGCCUCUGCCGCAUCUGCUCCCGGGAUGAGGCAUUCCAUUCCCGUACAUCUCAGAUGCCCUUGUUUUUCAAGGACAGCAAUUUCCCCCCACUCAGUGGUGGAGAACGCCCUCAACCAUGUCUCCCCCAUUUCCCGCAUCUCAUCCCUCACAGCCCCUCCCCACAAUGACAACCAAAACAGAACCCCCUCGUCCUCACAUACCACCUGAUCAACUUCUGGAUCCAACGCAUCAUCCUCCGACUCUUCUGCCAUCUGCAAUCCGACCCCACCAUCAAAAACAUUUUUCCAUCCCCACCCUUAUCUGCUUUCCAGAGGGACCACUCUCUCCACGACUCCCUUGUUCGCUCCACACUCCCCUUCAGCCCCACCACACCCAGGACUUUUCCCUGCAACCGCAGGAAGUGCUACCCCUGCCUCUAUACCUCCCCCCUCACCCCCAUCCCAGGCCCCAAGAAGACUUUCCACAUCAAGCAGAUGUUCACCUGCACUUCUGCUAAUGUGGAAUACUGUAUCCGCUGUUCCCGCUGUGGCCUCCUCUCCAUCGGGGAAACCAAGCGGAGGCUUGAGGCCCACUUUGCAGAACUCCUCCGCUCGGUUCAUACUAAACAACUGCACCUCCCAGUCGCGAACCAUUUCAACUCCCCUUCCCGUUCCUCAGAUGACAUGUCCAUUCUGGGCCUACUGCAGUGCCACAAUGAUGCCACCCGAAGGUUGCAGGAACAGCAACUCAUAUUCCGCUUGGGAACCCUGCAGCCCAAUGGUAUCAAUGUGGAUUUCACAAGCUUCAAAAUCUCCCCUUCCCCCACUGCAUCACAAAAGCAGCCCAGCUUGUCCCCGCCUCCCUAACCUGCCCUCCUCCCUAACCUACCCUCCUCUCACCUGUCCCUUCCUCCCACCUCAAGCCCCACCCCCAUCUCCUACCCACUAACCUCAUCCUGUCCCCUUGACCUGUCUGUCCGUCCUUCCUGGACUGACCCAUCUCCUCCCUAAAUCCCCACCCACGCUCACCUUUACUGGCUCCAUCCCCGCCUCUUUGACCUGUCUGACUCCUCUCCACCUAUCUUCUCCUCUGUCCAUCUUCUGUCUGCCUCCCCCUCUCUCCCUGUUUAUUUCAGAACCCCCACCCCUCACCCGUUUCUGAAUAAGGGUCUAGGCCCGAAACAUCAGCCUUCCUGCUCCUCUGCUGCUCAGCCUGCUGUGUUCAUGAGCUCUACACCUUGUUAUCUCAGAUCUGCAGUUCCUACUAUCUCUCAACUUUCAUCAAUCCCUUAGAUUCAAAAAUCAACUGGUGUGAGAGUAUCCAUAGUCCUCUUGGAUGACCGAUGCCCACAAUUCACUAUUGAGGAUUUUUUUUUCUACAACUGGUCCUAAAUAUCUGACCCCUGUAGUGAAACUCCGAAACCUAGUUCUCAAUUCCACUGCGAUGUACCCUGUUGAAAGUUUUUGUUUCAGUGAGAUUGCUGGUCAUUCAACUAAACGCAGUUGAUUAAGUGCAGUAAACCUGUAUUCCUAUCAUAAGACAAUUCUCAUUCUGAGAAUCUGUCUAGUGAAGCUUUCUUGCACUCCUCCUUGGGUACAUAUUUGGUACCCGAGACAAGGAGAUCAAAACUGUACCAGAUACUCCAACCAUGUUCCAGCCAAGGAUCUAUAAAAUUGCAGCAAGACUUCUUUACUCAUGUCCCCAAUUAAUUCAUAACAGAUGCCAGCAUACUAUUUAUGUUUUAAAUUGCUAGCUGUAUUGUUUACUUGGCAAUUCAUAUACAAGCACAUCUAAUUGUCGCCAAGUACAAACCUUUUCCAAUCUCGGCCGCUGAAGAAAGUCUGUCGGAAAGGAAAACUUCACGUCAUACUUCUUCUGUGUUCUUGCCUGCUCAGCGCUUUGCAUCAUCUUCAUGGCUUACUUUUGGACCUCGUUCUCUAUUAUAAGUAAGUAGUUACGUUUCUGCCAUUUGUUCCCUCCCACCAUCAUUGUGGAUAUAGAUGAUAAAAUAGCUGAGCCCAAGCAUUGAUCCUUACUGGACACUACAUGUCACACCUAAAACAGACCUACUUAUUGUUGUAUUGUCUGCUAAAUAAUCCUUAAUCCAUGCUAAUAUCAUUCCCAAUUGCAUGAGGUCUUCAUUUUGUCUCCACUUGUUCCCCCUUUUAUUACAAAAUCAACAUUAAUGAUGCCAACAAAUUUCCUUUGUAAGUCCUGCUGAAUCAGCCCAUUUUGUGAUGUGAUCUAAGUGACCUGUAAAGACUGUGCAGGAACAGGCUAACAUUUUAAUUAGCAUUCUGUUACUUUGCUGAUAGAUCCCAGGUCUCUCUCCCUCUUUUGUUGAAUAGCAGAAAUGUAUUUGCUAUUUUCCUGUUGGCAGGAAUCAGUCUGAAAUCUCGAAACCCAGAGGUGAAAGUGCAGCAUUACUCGAGUGUUCCUUUUCCCGGGGUACCAAAGCAACAGUGUAAUAAGGCUUACUCUUGUGUGUUCUGUUCCUUUGCAAACAUUGGCAAUAUUUCACAUUGCUAAUUUAGAAACUGCAUGAGGCCAAUGCCACCACCAGGUGGAGCACUGCAAGCAAAUGUGCAAAACAAAUAUUUUUAAACUUGUAUCCAGGAGCAAAGUAAUAUAAUAAAGUGUGAAGC